AUGUCGAGCAGCUCUUGGUCGCCGGUGAGAGCGCUCGCAGGAGCGUCGCGGCGCUUCUUCUCGGCCAGAGCAGGUACCGGCGGCAUCGCGGGUCCCAAGAUCACCGGUGCUCUGCGCUUCUACAAGGACGUGGGUGUCCAGGACGUCGACGUGCAGGAGGAAGAAGAAGAAGAAGAAGGCGCUGCGCUUGGCAAGCGCUACGCUGUGACACUGGAUGGAAAGACCGUCAAGACGCCGAGGCAACAGCCCCUGCAGCUUCCCACGCGUGCAAUGGCAUACGCAGUAGCACACGAGUGGGACGCGCAGAAGCGCGACAUCCGUCCAGCGACGAUGCCCAUCAUGACGCUGGCGUCCACGGCGCUGGAUCUCUUGCUGACGUCCAGUCGUGAAGAGACAGUGGGCGAGAUGCUGCACUACUUGCACACGGACACAGUGUGCUACGAGGUUACAGCGGACCAGCAAGAGAAGCUUGUGGCGCUGCAGCAAAAGAAGUGGAAGCCCCUUCGCAAGUGGUUCAGCGACACGUUUGGAGGCGAUGUGGACGUGAGCUACGGAAGCAUUGAUCCUCUCGGUCAUGACCAGCAGUUGGUCGCGAACGUCCGUGUGUUCUUGGAAAAGCUGAAUGAUUUUGAGCUUGCGGCCACGCGGACGCUGACGAAAGAGUGCAAGUCUUUGAUCACUGCGUUGGCGGUAUUUACUCGCCACAUCACGGCAAAAGAGGCGAUUGACGUUUGCCGUUUGGAGGAGGAGUUUCAGAUCAACAACUGGGGGCUGGUGGAGGGCGGUCACGAUCUUGACCGCGUGAACUGUGCCGUCAAGCUCUCGAGUGCGUCGUUGCUGCUUUACUUGCUGGAGAACAAGGACUAA